AUGAGCAGCUAUAUUCUCAGGGCCGGCGAGCCGGUGACUCCAAACCGGACCUUAUUCUCCGCCGGCGGGGAAUUCGAGUUAGGAUUCUUCCGCCCCGGGAACUCUUCUUCUUCCCCUUCCUUUCUCGGGAUAUGGUACACCCCAAGCCCCCUCAACGACAGCGUGAUUUGGGUCGCAAACAGAGAAUCUCCGCUUCCUCAUCACGAUUCUGAGCCCCUUUUCAAGCUCGGCGAUGAUGGGAAUUUGCAGAUUUUGGACGGCCGGAGAAAUAUCAUAUGGUCAACAAAUGUCUCCGGCGCCGGAAACCCCGUAGAGGCUUAUCUGCAGAACAACGGAAACCUCAUUCUGAAGCAGGGUGAUAGCCCAGUUUGGGAGAGCUUUGACGACGCCGGCGACACAUUAAUGCCGGAGAUGAAACUUAUGGUAAACACAAAAACCAAAAAACAAAACAUCAUCAGAUCUUGGACUAGUAUUAACAAUCCCCGACCAGGGAAAUUCUCCUGGGGAAUGGAUCCAAAGGGAUCUCUGCAAUUUUUCAUUUGGAAAGAAAACAGACCUUAUUACAGAAGCAAUUUAUACCAAGAUGGGUUUGCUAAAACUAUGCACUUUUCAGGAUUAGGACACACCACAACCUACACUUUCGCUGCAGAAAAUAACGAAGUUUAUUUCCGCUAUGUCUGUGAUAAUCCCUCAAUUCAAAUGAGGUUUGUCUUAACCCCAGAUGGGUAUAUUGAGACAAUGUUGAAGAACACUACUAAAACUGACAAAUGGCGCAUACCAUGGAAGGUGCCAACCAAUCCUUGUGAGCUUUAUGCUCGCUGUGGAUCAUUCGGAAGCUGUGAGAAAACUGGGUUUUCAACCUCCAUUUGCAGGUGUUUGGAAGGGUUUAAGCCGAAAUCGCAGAGGGAAUGGGAGAAUGGGAAUUACAGUGCAGGGUGUGAGAGGAAGAGGGAGUUCAGGUGUCAUAAUAAGGAUGAUGACAAGUUCAAGAAGUUGCAGAAGAUGAAAUGGCCAGAUUACUCAGUUUCUUUGGGGAAUAUGGCAAUUGAGGAAUGUGAAGAACAGUGUUAUAGCAACUGCUCCUGCACCGCUUUCGCCUACGCCAAUAUCAGUGAACACCAUCCUCCCAAUUGCUUAAACUGGUUCGGCGAUUUGGUUGAUUUAACAUACAACUAUUCUGUUGGUGUUAAUGGUUUCGGCCAAGAUCUCUAUGUUCGUGUUCAUUCCUCCGAGCUAGGUACCGAAACAUAUAAUGGAAGCAGUGGAAAUGGAGAUUCAGAUCAUGACAAACACAAAGAUCAUUAUCUUGUUGCAAAAAUUGUUGGUCCAGUCUCUGGAUUCAUUCUUGUUUGUGUUUUGGUGUAUAUCCUCAAACGAAAAUGCUUCAAAAGCAAAGCAGAUUGGCUAUGUAAAAGCUCUGCAGUGGAUAACUCAUUAUCAACUUCACCCCUCGUUGGAAACGACGAUGUAGAGUUGGUGCAGUUCAGCUUGCAGAGAAUAAUUGAUGCUACGAAUAACUUCGACAGAGCAAACAAACUUGGAGAGGGCGGUUUUGGCCCGGUGUAUAAGGGGUUCUUAUCAGAAUUCGGGAUGGUAGCCAUUAAAAGGCUAUCGAAGCGAUCAUCGCAAGGUCUGGAGGAGUUCAUGAACGAGCUGAAGCUGAUUGCCAAGCUACAGCAUACAAAUCUUGUGAGCUUGUUGGGUUACUGCACUGAGGAUGAAGAGAAAAUACUAAUCUAUGAGUACCUUCCCAAAAGAAGCCUUGAUAAAUUCUUAUUUGAUCCAUUGGAGAAACAUCAUUUGGAUUGGAGCACACGAGCGCAGAUAAUAGAAGGAAUUGCUCAAGGAAUUCUAUAUCUUCACAAGUAUUCUCGACUGAAAGUCAUUCAUAGGGACCUAAAAGCGAGCAACAUUUUACUUUGUGAAACGAUGAAACCCAAGAUAUCAGACUUUGGAAUGGCAAGGAUUUUUGGACUUGACCAGACUCAAGCGGAAACAAAUCACGUGGUUGGAACAUAUGGUUACAUUCCACCAGAAUAUGUAUUGCGCGGUCAAUUUUCUGAGAAAUCUGAUGUGUUCAGCUUUGGAGUGCUGCUGUUAGAAAUUGUUAGCGGACAGAAGAACUCUGAAUUUUUUCAUCAGACUCAACUUUCAGACACCUUACUAGGAUGGGCAUGGGUAAACUGGAAAGAGGGAAGACCACUUGAAUUUGUCGAUCCAGCAAUAAGAGAAUCAUGUGACUCUCUCAAAGCUAUAAGGUGCAUCGAGGUGGGACUUUUAUGUGUUCAAACAAUUCCAACAGACAGACCAACAAUGUCUAAUGUAGUUCGAUUGUUGUGCACCGACCACGCAACACCAAUUCCACCACUAAAAGAGCCUGCAUUUGUCACUAGCCAUUCCAAUACCAAUGUUGGUUCUAUUUCUCAUCGAGUGGUAAGUGAUUCAUAUUCCCAAAAUGAGAUUACAAUUAGUGUUCUUGAGUCACGAUAACAUUAUUCAUCAUUUUGUGCAAAUGAUUCAUGUCAUCCAUUGAUGUGCUCUUGUACAUAAUUUUAUCAAGCCUUUCUUUAUAAAUUAUUAAUGAUACCUAUAAGUCAAA